AUGGCGAGAGAAAAGAAAGGAAAUCCAAAGAAAAGAACAGAAGGCAGUGCAGCAAUCAGCAGCAAAAACAAAGAGAAAAGAGAAGGAUGCAACAAAUUCCUACAACUUCCAAAGGCUUUGAUCGUGGAGAUUCUCUCAAGGGUAUUGUCCAUCAAAACCCUCCUGAAUUGCAGGUGCGUUUGCAAAGAGUGGCUUUCUUUAAUUUUCGACCCCGAAUUUACUCGUCUCCACGCUUCAAGAUCACCCAUUGGCAUCUUGAUCAAGACCUAUCCCCCUAUAAGAAAAUCUAGGAGACUUGAUUUCACCCAUAUACUAGAUUCUGCUGGUUCUGAUUUGCAGCUCGAGAAAAUAAGGUUUAGUCCCAAAAAUAGCCUGCCCAUCGGGGCCAUGCCCGAAUUUCGCUUGAUAAACUCAUGCAAUGGCUUACUUUGCUUUUCUGGAGCUAAUAGAGAUUACCCCUGUUUUGUGUGCAAUCCGAUUUUAGGUGAGUAUAUUACUAUCCCACAUACUGAUAACACUCGACAUCGAAAUAGUUGCUUUUUCGUUGGACUUGGUUUUAGCUCCGCGAUGAAUGAAUAUAAGGUGUUGCGAAUGACCAAUGGGACCGAGGCUGAGGUUUACACCAUUGGUUCGGGAGUGUGGAGAAGUAUUGGAAAUGCUCCUGGGGACAUUGAUCAGUUGCCAUUCAAUGCUUUUCUGCAUGGAGCGCUUCAUUGGGUUUCAUAUAGUAGUAAAAGUCCCGAGUUUAUACACUCUUUCGACUUUGAAACAGAACAGUUUCGACCCCUACCCGUCCCUAGCUUACCCGUGAAUCAAUUUUCGGAUUGUUUCCUUUUGGAAGUGAUAGGUGGCUGUCUCCAUUUGUGUGUGUUUGGGGACGAUUGUAGUAAAUUUGACAUGUGGGUAAUGAAGGAAUACGGUGUCCAACAGUCUUGGACUAAAGUUCUUGUUUUCGAAAAACUGUAUGAUUGUGUAGAGGAACUGUGCUGUGAUGUGUAUGAACCAAUUAUGUAUUUGAGUAAUGGGGAAAUCCUGAUGUUGUACAAUAACCGCGCUGUAGUUUGUUAUAAUGGAGAAAGAAAGAGUUUCAGGGAAAUAAAGAUUACUUGGACUCAGGCGCCCUUUGAGGCCAUUGCCUACAGUCCAUCCUUUGUUUCACUCUACAAUGUCUCAAAUGGUGAAGAUAUGAAGAGGUACUAA